UGGGCUCCCAGGAGAGGAAGGGUGGACCCUUUGGCUGCCUUUGAGAGGCCUCUUGCCCUUCCCUGGCCUCAUAAACCUGGAGCCUGUGAGAGCCUGAAACAUAUAAAACCUGGGAUGCUGACUCAGUGAGUUAGAGGCCCAUUUGCAAGAUAUUUCUAGGGUGGUUUAGCUGUGGUCAGCUUGAUGGAAGUAAGAACAGCCCUCAUUUCUGUCCUGUGCCUCCUAAAUCUCUCCUUCCCAUGACCCCAAACCAGCUUGAGCACUUACUGUUGGUCAAAUGUGUCACGAUCGUCUUAUUAUGGUCCUCAUGGUAAGCACCAGGAAUUCAAAGAUGAAGCCAGCCUGUAGCCCUUUGGAAAGUCAAGCCUGUGGCUUGCAGGUAAGUGGGUAUUUGGAGGGCCUCAUCCGAAGAUAAGCCCAUGGGUGCCCCUAAUUUGGACAGGGAACCCCCAAACUAGGACCAUCUUCCUACCUGAUGCAUGACCUAUUUUCUAGCUACCAGCAGCUAGCAUGACCUGUUCUGGACAUCUGGCGUUACCUGCCUGCUUAGUCACCUUCCCUCUGGCUUCAAACAGCUGUAGGGCCCCACCCUCUCUCCACCUCCUAACCACCUGGGAUCCUUCCCUCCCCUUUUCCUUCCUGAAAGGAUGUGGAGGUACCAGAUCCACAAGCUCUGAUGUCUUUAAAAGGAUCAGCCUGGGAAGUAAGGCUCAUUUGAGAGCUGUGGCAUUCACCUUGACUCUAGUGAAAGUCCAACAGCCAGUCUCCUUUUGGCCUCCAACUGGGCACCAUGAGGGCCUGCGUCCCCCUGAUAGUGGCCCUGCUCUGCAGCCUGGCCUGGGCUGGAAAAAUGGAGUCGUGUGUAUCUCGCUGUAAUGAGAAAUUCACCCGGGGUGCUGCCUGCCAGUGUGACCGCCAGUGUGCCCGGCACGGGGACUGCUGUGAGGACUAUGAGGACCUGUGUACCACUGAAGAGGACCCCAAAGAGCCAGAGCCAUUCCUGGAGCUGGAGGGAGAGACGGAGGAGGCCCCAGCUACCAACUUGUACUCCGCACCCGACUCCUGUCGGGGCCGCUGCCUCGAAGCCUUCGACAAGCACCACCAGUGCCAUUGCAAUGCCCGCUGCCGGGACUUUGGGAACUGCUGCGAGGAUUUCGAGAGCCUGUGUGACCACGAGGGCUUCUCCCACAGCAGUGACGCCAUAACCAAGGAGGAGCUGCAGAGCAUCUCUGAGAAGAUCUACAGGGCGGACACCAACAAAGCCCGGAAGGAAGACAUCAUCAUCAACAGCCAGAACUGCAUCUCCCCAUCGGAGACCAGAGACCAGGUGGACCACUGCCCAGAGCCGCUCUUCUCGUACGUCAACGAGGAGCUGUUCUCCAAGCCCACCUACACAGCCUUCAUCAACCUCCUCAACAACUACCAGCGGGCGACGGGCCGUGGGGAGCACUUCAGUGCCCAGCAGCUGGCUGAGCAGGAUGCCUUCCUCAGAGAGGUCACGAAGACGGCAGUCAUGAAGGAGCUCUACAGCUUUCUCCGUGACCAGAACCGCUACAGCUCGGAACAAGAGUUCGUCAAUGAUUUGAAGAACAUGUGGUUUGGGCUCUAUUCAAGAGGCAAUGACAAGGGGGAUUCAAGUGGCUUUGAACACGUCUUCUCAGGUGAAGUCAAAAAAGGCAAGGUCACUGGCUUCCAUAACUGGAUCCGCUUCUACAUGCAGGAGAAGGAGGGCCUGGUUGACUAUUACAGUCACAUCUAUGACGGUCCCUGGGAUUCUUACCCCGACGUGUUAGCCGUGCAGUUCAAUUGGGACGGCUACUAUAAGGAAGUGGGCUCAGCGUUCAUUGGCAGCAGCCCUGAGUUUGAGUUUGCGCUCUACUCCCUGUGCUUCAUCGCCAGACCGGGCAAAGUGUGCCAGUUAAGCCUGGGUGGAUAUCCCUUGGCCAUCCAGACCUAUACCUGGGACAAGUCCACCUAUGGAAAUGGCAAGAAGUACAUCGCCACAGCCUAUGUGGUGUCUUCCACUCAAUAAAGUUUGGAGCCAGAAAGGGGCAUGAGGGCAGUGAGAGCUCAUGCAGGACUGAGGUGCUAUCUGCUCCAGGCUGGAGAGGCGACGGAGGAGACUGGGAGGGAUUCCCAAAUCCAGAAGCACCCAUAUGGGAAAGAGAGAAAAGAUACAAAUUAGAAAAAUGCAGAGAAACAGGCAAAUCUUUGCCCUCCAGCAUUUUGGAAAGAGUUCAGAGAAGGUGGGAGCCCUCUAUAGCUCUUUGCCCUGAUGGGAAGUGGAACCAUGAACAAGUCGUUGACCUCUCCAGGCCUCAUGUUUCCUUUUAAUGUAAAGGGAAGGGGUUUGCCCCCUUUCUUCUUUUGGGGGUUGGUAAGAGGGCAAACCUGAUGAUAUUAUUACUGUGAAGGUGUUUUCAAUUGUUCUUAGGAAGAACGGCUGAUAGAAAUUCAAGAUUACAAUAAUGGCUGUUAUUGUACACAGCCCUGCAAACUGCAGUUCAGCCCUAUGUUGGGGCCUCCAAAGAAAUCAGGCCAUGGGAAUCAAGCAAUGGGUAUUUGGUCUUUUCUAGGGUUAGAUCCUCUCAGAACAGGGUCUGGGAGAGCUCUGAUGCUGAUGGAGAGGGUAAUGGAUUAGCACAGUGAGUGGGCUGGAAGGGAGUGGACUUCUCCAGGCCUAAGAGUUUUUGUAGCCAGCUCAAUAACUGCAUCUAGAAGCUUCCUGCUUAUAGAUAUUUAGUGCAGUUACAGAGCCAUAUUUGAUCCCAAAUAGUUUGUGAAAGAGUUCCCUUCCUAGGAGGAAGAUUUUGCAUCAGAAGAAGAAAGGAACCCAGAGCUUGGUGUCAUGAACAUAAUUAUUUUAUGUCUUAUCCAGCAGCCAUAAUUUGCAUAAACUUUAGAACAGAAGACCAGGGAGUUGGGGGCUCCCUACUUCAACCUCAGUUAUGCAUUUCUUCCCUGACCCCAUUAGGAACCAGAUGCUGUCUCACAGAGCCAGGCUUGAACUAUGGUUUAGAGGGUUUGAGUCUUCAAUUAAAGUCAUUUAAGAAAACUUGAAA